AUGGUGUCUGCUAAAAUUAUAACAAUUUUAGUGUUUAUUACAGCCAAUGCGAUUUAUUCGGGAGCUUUUCCAUAUGAUUUACCGGAUUCAGGAUUUGAUACUAUGAAUGACUGGUCACCACCCGAAUUACCGGAUUCAGGAUUUGAUAAUAUGAAUGACUGGUCACCACCAGAGUUACCGGAUUCAGGAUUUCAAGAUAUGAAUGAUUGGUCACCAGGAAUACCAGAUUCAGGAUUUCAAAAUAUGAAUGACUGGUCACCAGAUAGUCCUGCCUUCAAUCAAGAUAACUAUUCACCCAAUUAUCCUCCAUCCAUUUAUCCUCAACCCAUUUACCCUCAACCAAUUAAUCCUCAACCAAUUUAUCCUCAACCAAUUUAUCCUCCAAACAGCAAUCAAGGUUAUCAAAAUUCCUACAACCCAGCUUUUUCGGGUGGGUAUCCUCAAAUUCAAUAUUAUGCUCAUGACACUGGACCGAUAACAACCGUUAGAGAGUACAAUGAUCCUAUAUCAGCACCAGGUUAUAGAAAAUCAUAUCUUGGUGGUAUUGUAAACUUGGAAGUUGGUCCUAGUAAUGGGAGGAGAACAGGCAAGGAAACGAGGACUGUGCGACGUAAGGAAUGGGGGUCAAGGAGAUUUUUUCGUUAA